AUGGAUAUUUGUAAGGCCUUCGAUAGCGUUGACCAUUCCAUACUUUUACAAAAACUUCACGAUUUUGGCUUCUCUGGUUCUCUCUUGCUAUGGUUUCAAAACUAUUUAUCAGGUCGCUUCCAACGGGUAACUGUACACGGCGCUACGUCUACGUCUCUGCCAAUCACAUCUGGAGUCCCACAAGGAUCGUUGCUGGGUCCCUUUCUCUUCUCAGUGUACAUCAAUGACUUACCUAACAACAUAUCCACUUCCACUCGGGUCGGUUUGUUUGCUGACGAUACCAAACUUUACAGAUGUGGGCAGAAUCCCUGCGAUGCAUUGGUCUUGCAAGAUGAUAUUCAAGGCCUACUUUGUUGGUCGAUAGAAAACCGGCUACGCUUUAACCAAUCUAAGUGUAAAGUGUUGUCAAUAACCAGAAAGAAAUCGCCUUUAAUUUAUCCCUAUAAGCUUGACAAUGAUCAGUUGUUGGUUUCCAACGCACAGUUUGAUCUGGGUAUCACCAUUAGUCCUAAGCUAUUAUGGAACGAUCGAGUAAAUAAAGUACGGUCGAAAGCCAACCAAAUGCUCGGGCUAAUUAGACGAUCUACCGCGGAGAUGACUGUUAUCAACGCAAGGAGGCUUCU